ACAUGAGAGAAAUUGCAGCAAAGCACUGGAGUACUAUGACUUGCAAGUCACAUCUGAGGCAGAGAUUCAAAGGGAAGGCUCUUCCAGACAAAAGUCUCAUGAGCGUUUCCCUCUUUCCUUUUCGAAUACAGAAGAUGAGAUGAGACAAAGGAAACCAUACAAAGGGCUGAUUAGAUCUUUGCAGCAAAUGGGUUGCACUCAUAUGUUGGACCUAUACUGCCAAGGUUUGACUUCUCGUAAAGGCCAGUUUGAGCAGGACUUGGAAUUCUCUGAAGCAUAUGAAGGAUAACAUGAUUUACAAUGUUCCUUUCGCUGUUUUUGGGUCUAUGUAUGUAGUUAUUGUCUUUUUUAAUUGCUAUUUUCUGGUGCUUGUUGAUCGUUAUCAUUGAUGUUGCCACUGAGUUUCUUGAUAACGUCUUUCCAGUAUGAGGCUGCUUGGCGAGCCGGAAAUUGGGAUUUCUCUUUGCUGUCCAUGGGAGAUAGCCCUUCCCGUUUGAGUCAAGACCCUACAAGAGGGCAUUUCCAAGAACAUUUGUACAGUUGUUUGAGGGCAUUGCAAGAGGGGUACUUCAGAGAAUUUCACUCCACAUUGAGAGAUUCAAAACAGGAGCUUGUGUUGUCCAUUACUCAUGCAAGCAAGGAGAGCACUGAAUACAUCUAUUCAAUGAUAAUUAAGCUUCAGGUUUUAAUUUCCUGUGUGUCUUCAUUCUCCAUUUUGCCGGACCAUCACCUUUUGAUCCUAGUUUUGUAAUUUCUUGUUGCUUCCAGCUUGUUUAGUAAAUGGCUUUAUGGAGUAGCACUCUACAUAAUCAAGAUUUUUUCUUCCUAUUAACCAAAAUUAGACAUGUUACCUACUGGUAGUCUGAUACUGAACAAAAAAUGAAAGCAGUUUAUGGUAUAGUGUCCAACUAAAAGUCAAUUGGCAAUGAGUGGAUAGGCCUCAGAGGCUCAUAUAUUAGUUUGGGAGGUGAUAGUUAGACCGUGGUAUCUUAUGCAUUUCUGCAAUUUGGUUUGUAGGCCUCAAUGAGGAUAACAUAAUACACCACAAAUACAAAUUAUGAUAAGUUAGAUAUAUCUAUUGAUUCUAUUCUAAAUUCAUCUUUUUAUUUGAAAAUAGGGGUAAUGAGUUGAGAGAAAUAGAGAGAGAAAGGAGAAUAAUGAUUGGAGAGAGGAGAGAGAAUGAGAGUAAUGAUAGGAGGUAGGGGUAAUGAGUGUUUUUUUAGUUGGAAUUUUUUUUUCAAAAUGUCAUCCAAACAAGGCAUUAGUCUUAGGAUCAGCAAGUCAUAUACGAGAUAAAUCAUCUUAAGUUCAUAGCCAAUUUCAAAAAGUUUUAAACAUCACUUGUGUACAUAUAGAAUGAACAGGCAAUUUAUUCUACCAAUCCCUCGGAUGUCUAAGUAGGUUUCGGGUGCUGAGAGAGAAAGAGAGAUGGUAGUGGAGUCACAACAGUGGCUGAUUCCAGUGAGGUGGAUGGCUUUGUAGUUGGACAAGAGAGCGCAGCAGGAAGGGGUCGUGGUGCUAGUAGACAACAGAAAGUUUGAUGUGAUGGAAGUGAGAGCUCUUCUUCGUUUGGAUAGGGGAGAAAAAGAAAGAAAGAAAUUAGAAUACUAAGUGAGCAUUACUUUUUAAAUCUGAAGCUGGAAAUCAGAAGUUAAUUAUAGUUCAAGAAUGAGCUAAACAAUGGAGUACGAUACAAUAAUUAGCCAAACAAUCUGUAACAGC